CCAAUUCCUGCUAAUUUUCAUGAGAUAUAUGAAGCAGUAAAAGAGUCAAGGUCUCGUACCCCAGCUCCUGUAGAUACUGUUGGAUGUGCAAUACUACCAGUGACAUUAUCUAAGGAAUACAAUUACAAGCUAAGUCCUCAGAACUAUCGAUUUCAAACAAUGAUUUCCUUGAUGCUUUCGGCGCAAACUAAAGACGAGAUUAAUUACUAUGCGAUGAAUAACAUAACAAAGUAUCUUGUUAACGAAAAGAAUUCACCUGAUGGAAUAACAAUUGAAUCAAUGAUUGAUCUCGAUGAAAGCAAGCUAGAUGAAUUGAUAUUUAAAGUUGGUUUUCAUAAGAGAAAGGCAUCAUUUAUUAAGAAAACCUGUGAAAUUGUGAGAGAUAAAUUUGGUAGUGAGAUUCCUAAAAACAUUACUGAUAUUACAAGUUUACCAGGAAUUGGGCCUAAGAUGGGAUACUUGUUACUACAAAGUGCAUGGGGGAUCAUAGAUGGAAUAGGAGUUGAUGUACAUGUUCAUAGGUUAGCAAACCAAUGGAAUUGGGUCAAAUCCAAAAAUCCAGAAGGAACUAGAGAGCAAUUAGAGAGUUGGCUUCCCAAGAACUUAUGGACUGAAUUUAAUCCCAAUUUAGUUGGAUUUGGGCAAACUAUUUGUGGAUCAAGAGGCAAGAAAUGCAAUUUAUGC